UAAGGAAUACUGAUGUACUGAAUCAGCAAUCAUAGUUAAUGUUAAAGGAAUGAAUUGAUUUUGAGUUGAUCUAUUAUUAAAUGUCAGAUUUUGUUUAGUUUAAUUUAUUUCAUUUGAUUUGACUUUUUUUUUUUUUUUUUUUUUUAGAUUAUAUUAGCUGCAGGGAUCGUUGUGGUUUUAAUGGUGCGCUCUGUUCCUGCACCAGCUCCUGUCGUUACUAUGGAAACUGCUGCAAUGAUUAUUACGGUGAGGAAAAAUAUUUAUUCAUAGUUAUUAAUUCCCAUAAAUAUAUAAAAACACAUACUUCACAUAUAUAUUAUACACAUAUUAAAACACGACAUGUUUUUAUCUGUGCUAAUGUAUUUGAUUUUCUUUUUGUCUCUCGUAUAGAUUAUUGUUUUCCCACAACAACAGGUACAGGUCCUCUGUAAAACCUUCAGUCCUCUGUUUACACUACAGUGACGUUAAGAUGAGGCUGUAUUUCAUAUUUACUCUGUUUAAAUAGGUUAUGACACGACCACAGAAGAUAUGCUGAAAACAACAGCAGGUGGAGCGCCAUGUGGUGGAACUCUGACUCAGUCACGAGGGGAAUUUUUCAGCCCCAAUUAUCCCAAUUAUUAUCCCAAUUACGCAAACUGCACAUGGAGCCUGCUGGCUGGAGAACUGCAGGUGGUUUCGUUAAACUUCACGUUCGUCGAUUUGGAGUCAGGCUUCGACUUUGUCCGCGUGUACGACGGUCCGACUGCUCAGCAUUCCCUUUUGGGUUCUGUGACUGGAAAUCAGAGAGCUACCUUCAACUCCAGCAGCAGAUACAUAACCGUCGUUUUCUCCACUGACCACAGCGUGACUCGACAAGGUUUUCGGGCUGAAUGGGCUUUCAAAUCCUGUGGGGGGAGUCUUCAGGGCUCAGGCUCCAUCUCCAGCCCUUACUACCCCGGUUAUUACCAUGACAACGCGUAUUGUGUGUGGCAGCUCUCGGCUCCGGCAGGACAGACCGUCUUCCUCUCGUUCCAGGACUUGGAUCUGGACCACUGCUGCUACUGUGAUUAUGUGAAUGUGUAUGAUGGUCCAUCCACCGCGUCCCGCUUGAUAGGAAAGCUCUGUCAGAAUAGCACAAGCCACCUGGACUUCCAGUCGUCCUCGUCCUACAUGACCGUGAUGUUCAGGAGUGACUACUCUGGGGUUGGGCGUGGCUUUAAAGCCCAUUUCAGUUCCUCCCUCAACCAAAACACAGCCCGUGUGGAUUGCUCCUCUGACUCGAUGAACAUUGCCAUACGUAAAUCCUACCUGGACUCACUGGGCUUCAGCUGGUAUGACCUUUAUCUGGAUGACCAUCGCUGCAGAGCUUCAACUGACAACUACUAUGUCACCUUCAACUUCCGUCUCCAUAGCUGCAGCACCGGGAGAAAGACCGAGAAUGGACGUAUUAUCUACACCAAUAAUGUGCGAGCAGCUCAGCCAACGUCGGGUGAGAUCACCCGAAAUAAUACAGAGUUCCCGUUGGUUGUGAGAUGUGUGAUGGCGCGUGAUUCUUCAGUCGGGAUUCUUUAUGAAGCCAAAGAGAUUACAAAUGCAACUAUCAGUGGAACGGGUCGGUUCAACACCACCAUGGCCUUUUACCCAUCCAGCAGCUUUUACUACCCCAUCACCGAUUCCCCAUACCGAGUGAACCUCAAUCAGCAACUGUACGUGCAGGUGCAGCUAACCCCAGCCGAACCAAGCCUCCACCUGUUCAUGGACUCCUGUGUGGCCUCGCCAAACCACGACUUCAGCAGCCGCACCUAUGACCUUAUACGCAAUGGCUGUCGGAGAGACAACACGGUAAACAUAUACAGAAAUGGAAAUCGUUACUUCGCUCAGUUCAGCUUCAGCGCAUUCAAGUUCCUGAGCACACACAACCAGGUGUUCCUCAAGUGUGAUGUCGUUAUCUGCCCUGACAACGACUACAACUCACGAUGUCGCCAAGGAUGCCGUUAUCGCAGGAAACGAAGCACUAGCUCUGAUCGCCACACUGAGGUCCUCACCCUUGGGCCAGUCACACUCAAAGGUCCAGAGGAGGCUGAGGCCAAGACGGAGGGCAAGGAGUGAACUCACACUGACUGAUUAAUUAAUCACUUAAAUAUAGUUAACACUGAAUAAUAAUCUGAAUAAGCUUCCUCUAUUAAAGCAUUAUCUAAAGGC